CGGGCGGCGCGGGGGUUCAUGAAGCAGGGGGGCAUCGCCGCCUGGAACAUCGCCCCCCUCUUCAAGGGUCUGGGCCUGGCCUCCAUGGUGAUCGUCUUCUUCUGCAACUCCUACUACAUCAUGAUCCUGGUGUGGGGGCUCUUCUACCUGGUGCACUCGCUGACGGACACCCUGCCCUGGGCCACCUGCGGCCACGCCUGGAACACCGAGCAGUGCGCCGAGCUCUUCCACCUCGAGCUCUGCCGCAAUGGCAGCAGCAACGCCAGCGCCGGCACUGGGCCCUUCAACCUCAGCUGUGCCGACCUGGCCAGCAAGCGCUCGCCUGUCAUCGAGUUUUGGGAGAACAAGGUGCUGCGGCUCUCGGGGGACCUCAGCGAGCCGGGGGAGAUGAACUGGCAGAUGAUCCUCUGCUUGGUCACCACCUGGGUCGUCGUCUACUUCUGCAUCUGGAAGGGCGUCAAGUCAACCGGGAAGAUUGUCUACUUCACGGCACUCUUUCCCUACGUGGUCCUCAUCCUGCUGCUGGUCCAUGGGGUGACGCUGCCCGGGGCACUGGGCGGCAUCGUCUACUACCUGAAACCCGACUGGUCCAAGCUGGCUGAGGCGCAGGUCUGGAUCGAUGCCGGCACCCAGAUCUUCUUCUCCUACGCCAUCGGGCUGGGCGCCCUGACCGCGCUGGGCAGCUACAACCGCUUCCACAACAACUGCUACAGGGACGCCUACAUCCUGGCCGUGAUCAACAGCUCCACCAGCUUCUUCGCCGGCUUCGUCGUCUUCUCCGUGCUGGGCUUCAUGGCCUCUGAGCAAGGCGUGGACAUCUCCAAGGUGGCCGAGUCCGGCCCCGGGCUGGCUUUCAUCGCCUACCCCAAAGCCGUGACGCUGAUGCCCUUGUCCCCACUCUGGGCCACGCUCUUCUUCUUCAUGCUUCUCGUGCUGGGGCUGGACAGUCAGUUUGUCGGUGUGGAGGGUUUCAUCACGGGCAUCCUGGACCUGUUCCCCCAGCCGGGGGCUGGCUCGCUGCGCCGCGAGCUCCCCGCCGCGCUCUGCUGUGUCGUCUGUUGCCUCAUCGACCUCUCCAUGGUCACACAGGGCGGCAUGUACGUGUUCCAGCUCUUUGACAACUACUCGGCCAGCGGGAUCACGCUGCUGUGGCAGGCUUUCUGGGAGUGUGUGGUCAUUGCCUGGGUCUACGGCGCCGACCGCUUCAUGGACGACGUGGCCCGCAUGAUCGGCUACCGGCCCCUGCCCUUCAUGAAGUGGUGCUGGGCAGUGGUGACGCCGCUGGUCUGCGUGGGCAUCUUCGUGUUCCACGUGGUGAACUACAAGCCGCUGACCUACAACAAGACGUACGUGUACCCGUGGUGGGGGGACGCCAUCGGCUGGGUCCUGGCGCUCUCCUCCAUGCUCUGCAUCCCCUGCACCGUCCUCUACAAGCUCCUGCGCUGCAAAGGCUCCCUGCGCGAGCGCUGGCAGCUCCUGACCACUCCGAUCUGGGGCCACCACCACCUGGAGUACCUGACGCCUGAGGCAGAAGCCAAGCUGCUGGCCCCGGAACCCCCCAAGGAGAAGGCGACGCUCUUC